AUGGAGACAAAGCUUAGUUAUACCACCUCUAGCAACUAUACCACCUCUAACAACUAUACCACCUAUAUCAAAUAUACCACCUAUAUCAAAUAUGCCACCUCUAACAACUAUACCUCCUCUAACAACUAUACCUCCUCUAACAACUAUACCACCUCUAACAACUAUACCACCUUUAACAACUAUACCUCCUCUAACAACUAUACCUCCUCUAACAACUAUACCUCCUCUAACAACUAUACCUCCUCUAACAACUAUACCUCCUCUAACAACUAUACCACCUCUAACAACUCUACAACCUCUAACAACUAUACCACCUCUAACAACUAUACCUCCUCUAACAACUAUACCACCUCUAACAACUAUACCUCCUCUAACAACUAUACCUCCUCUAACAACUAUACCUCCUCUAACAACUAUACCUCCUCUAACAACUAUACCUCCUCUAACAACUAUACCACCUCUAACAACUAUACCUCCUCUAACAACUAUACCACCUCUAACAACUAUACCACCUCUAACAACUAUACCACCUCUAACAACUAUACCACCUCUAACAACUAUACCUCCUCUAACAACUAUACCUCCUCUAACAACUAUACCUCCUCUAACAACUAUACCUCCUCUAACAACUAUACCUCCUCUAACAACUAUACCUCCUCUAACAACUAUACCACCUCUAACAACUAUACAACCUCUAACAACUAUACCACCUCUAACAACUAUACCUCCUCUAACAACUAUACCACCUCUAACAACUAUACCUCCUCUAACAACUAUACCUCCUCUAACAACUAUACCUCCUCUAACAACUAUACCUCCUCUAACAACUAUACCUCCUCUAACAACUAUACCACCUCUAACAACUAUACCUCCUCUAACAACUAUACCACCUCUAACAACUAUACCACCUCUAACAACUAUACCUCCUCUAACAACUAUACCACCUCUAACAACUAUACCUCCUCUAACAACUAUACCUCCUCUAACAACUAUACCUCCUCUAACAACUAUACCUCCUCUAACAACUAUACCUCCUCUAACAACUAUACCUCCUCUAACAACUAUACCACCUCUAACAACUAUACCUCAUCUAACAACUAUACCUCCUCUAACAACUAUACCUCCUCUAACAACUAUACCUCCUCUAACAACUAUACCACCUCUAACAACUAUACCUCCUCUAACAACUAUACCUCCUCUAACAACUAUCAACUAUACCACCUCUACGACUUGAGCCCUGUUUUAUUUGAAUUGUAG